UUCCUGAACGACUUUAUACACUAUGCUGUCAAUGCAUGUUUGUUUCCGCUAUGUGCGGCACAUGGCCUGGCUAUCACAACUGUGGAAGGAGUUGGAAACCCUGCCACUGGGUUGCACGCCGUUCAGCAACGUUUGAUUGAAUCUCAUGGACUACAGUGCGGUUUCUGCACUCCUGGUUUUAUAAUGUCAGCGUUUGCCUUGCUGCGAAACAAUCCAAAUCCGACACGUGACCAAGUUGAAAGCGCCAUUGAAGGAAACCUUUGUCGAUGCACAGGAUACCGUCCUAUUCUAGACGCACUUCUAACAUUUACCGAGGAAGGAUGUCCAAUGGGUAAGGCAUGCUGUAAAAAUACAGGCUCAGUAGAUACUAACCAAGACAAAAGUAAAAAGCAACUGGUCAUUGAUGAUGAUGAUAAACAGGUUGCAAUAUUUCCGCCCGAACUUCAGUUACGUGAACAAUAUUUCGACAAAGAGGAACAGUUUACGAAUGGGGGACACACAUGGUACCGUCCAGUUAACUUGCAACAGCUUUUGGCCCUUAAAGAAAAAUAUCCACGGUCUCCUAUUAUUAUGGGCAACACAACAACAGAUGAACAGAGCAUGCACGUGACAGUUAUUCUGGAAAUGAUAUCUAGAUAUGGAUCUGAACAAAUCAGAAAUGUUGCGGAUGAAAUUAGUGCUUUCUACAAGCAGUCGGAAAGGAGAUCUUUCUCCCUGGCAAUUGUCAAUGCUGGGAUGUUUGUAAAGAUGGGUCCAAAGAAUGAUACGAUCGAAACUCUAAGGUUAUGCUAUGGUGGAAUUUUCAAAGAAGAACUGGUUAUAGACAAAGUAACUUCAGUUGCAACUGGAAGAAAAUUUGAUGACAGCUUACUUCAUGAAAUUCUGGCUGUAAUAAGCGAAGACCUUAGCAUUGACAACGGUCGUACAAUAGAUACAUACAAGAUUUCGGUGGCAUCAGCCUUAUGGUUUAAAUUUUUUAGCUUAGUACAAGCUAAAUUACAGCUGCACGAACAAGACUAUAGUUUAAGCCGUCCAGUUUCCCUACCACCAUACAGUAGUACUCAGGUGUUCGACCCAUGCACUGGUGAAGAUCAAGUAGAAAGCGAUGCUUUAGGGAGAACUGUAGCUAAUGUCCAUUCGGAAGCUGCCGUGUCAGGGGAAGCCAUCUAUGUUGAUGACCUACCAGUGCAUCAAAAUGAGCUAUUUGCCGCCCUUGUCCUAAGUAAAGUAGCACAUGCGAGGAUUACAACGGUUGACACGACACAAGCCUUAAAGCUUAAAGGUGUUCAUGGAUAUAUUGAUCACACAGACAUCCCUGGAAGGAACAAGUUUGGUGUUUUACUACCAGAUCAUGAGGUUUUCAGCUCAGAAGAAAUUUUAGCAUUUGGUCAGCCAAUCGGAGCAAUCAUUGCCGACACCAGAGAAGUUGCACAACGAGCUGUGUCCUUGGUGAAUGUACUGUACGAGGAGAUGAAGCCAAUACUAACAAUAGAGGAUGCUAUAGAGAACAAUUCUUUCUAUGGCGAACCACAAGUACUGGUAAAUGGAGACGUGGAAAAGGGGUUCACUGAAUCUGACAUUGUAAUUUCAGGCGAAUAUCAAACUGGAUUACAGCAUUUGUACCUUGAGCCAAUCGCUGCACUGGUCAUACCAAAAGAAAACCAGGAAAUGGACGUCGAUUUAACAACUCAAAAUCUUAGAGCAUUGCAAGCCUAUAUAGCUGAACUUUUGAAUGUUGCUCAUCAUAAAAUAACAUGCAGAGUAAAGCGUCUUGGUGGUGCUUUCGGAGGUAAAGAAGCCCAAGUUAUGAUGACAGCAGGUGCAGCGGCUGUUGGUGCUCAUAAAAUGAAACGACCAGUCCGGUGUGUCUUACCUAGGGCGACAGACAUGAUGGUUACUGGGAAAAGACACCCGUUCCUAGGGAAGUAUAAGGUUGGUUUCAGCAAAGAAGGGAUCAUCAAUGCAUUAGAUAUCAAGUUUUACAGCAAUGCUGGAUAUAGUUUAGAUGUUUCUAGCCUGGUUUUGGACAUGGCAAUAAAGUCUACUGAAUCAGGCUAUAGAGUUAGAAAUAUUAAAAUAGAAGGAUAUUUGUGCAAAACUAAUUGCCCAUCAAACACAGCGUUCAGGGGCUUUGGUCAUCCGCAAGCAGUCACCAUCAUGGAAGACGUCGUAUUCAAAAUUGCAAACCAGCUAAACAUACGUUCAGAAAAGGUGAUUUGA